GUACUGCAUCUCCAACCGACCCAAAGACAUACCUCGUCAGAUCAAUUGGGCCCGGCUACAGAACUGAGAACACUUUCUUCCUCAUUCAUCAGUUCUGUUUAUCUUCAUACUCGCCGUUCAUUGCCUUAUUCUCGACUUCUGAUCUUCCAUCGUGCCACCUCCACAGCUGCCAUCUCCUCCCGCAAGACCUCGGACCUUAUGGCCCGGACGAGAUCAACCAAAGCUGCUUCGGCUGCAAAUGGUGACCAGAGCCAGCCUGUGGCCACCAAAUCCAAGUACUCUCCGCCAGUAGAUUCGAACGAGCCCUCUAGAGUGUUCAUUCUUCCUACCAAGGCCACAAGUGCCGCCCGCAUUAUACUGCUACUGAACCCCCGUUACUCGAAACCCACCAAGUAUCUUCUUUGUCCCGAGUCCGGCCUCUACGAAUUUACCCAGAUUGCUGCGCCCAAGACCACCCCGAGAAGCUGGUUAAUCGAAAGAAAACCUGCGGCGACAGAGGAGGCAGAGGUUCAGGCCCAGAUUACCAAUGGCGCCGACCUGUUCAUUGCAACUCCGGUUGAUCCUCUCUUCGUAGUGCUACCCGCUCUAACAAGCUCGACUGCCUCUAAAUCGGACGAUGGAAAGCGACUCUUUCUAACGAGCGAGGACCACUUCGAUUCCCUUUCCGACUCUGCCUCCACGCACUUUUCAGAGGUACUACGAUGCGAAAAGACAAGGACGUUAUUCGAGGCGAGGAUGGGAGCAAUAUGCGAUACGGUGGAGGCAGGGGACGAGAAGAUGUUCCGACUGAAUGAGAAGAAGCUCAUUGAACAAAUUCUGUUGAAAGCCAAGGCCCUGGGUUCGACUCCGUUGCCGCCCAGCAUGGAAGACAAGUUUGUGAAGAAGGUUCUCGAGGCACCACUUAGUGUGCAGAAGAGCGAUGUCAUCAAGACAGAAACGAAGGAAGGCCACGACGCCCCAUCCCUCGAAUCGGUCGAGUCUCAAUCUUCAGUGAGCACUGUGGAUUCGGCCACCACUGUCGAUAGUACGAGUUCGCUUGCAUCGGCGGCAUCAACGGCAGCCACAUCGGUGAGCGGGGACGCAGUGGAGGACUCGGUGUCAACCGCCAUGAAAGCCUCGGAUGAUGUCGUGGCGUUGCAGCGGCUGAAGGUGGCCUUCAGUUUCAUCUGCUCGGGCCACGUUUCUCCGACCACCGCAACCCGCUUGGAAGGCCUGCUUAAGGAACGGAACAUGUCGGGCGUGGACUUUGCACCCCUAGAGGCCUAUCUCACAGAACUCGCCAAGUUGCGCGCCGAGGCUGCCUCGGCACGAUCCAUGGCCGAUUAUUCCGGAAAACGACAUUUGGACGAUGAAGCAGAGGAAGCACGAGCCGAGAAGAAGCGGAAGCUUGAAGAGGAAAAGAAACGAAAAGCCAGCGCGAGCCGUGGCGUCAGGGAGCUAAAGAAAGUCAACACCUCCGGGAUGAAGAAGAUGAGCGACUUUUUCAAGAAGAAGUGAUCCGCGCCCCCCCGGGGGGGUGUCGCGACAGCCGGUUCUCAAACAAGCUUCACACACAUAGCACGUCACAUGCUUUAUAUUUCGGGUAUUAUUUCCUCCUACCACCUUUCGGGCCAUUGCGCAAUAAGCACCCGACCACCACAUCUCGUCCCCCC